AUGUCCAGCAAGCCUGAAGUUUUGAAAACAGAAGAGCUUUCUGCCCAGGAUGCAAAGUGGGUCACACUGCAAAAGAUCACAUGGCGCGAUGAGGAAGGGAAGGAGCGCCCUUGGGAAGUUGCUUCAAGGAAAACAAGAGGCGAGGGUGGUAUAGAUGCCGUUGCUAUUCUUGCUGUGUUAAGAUCCAAGUCGAAAUCAUUCAAACCUUCAACCAUUAUUAUUGAACAGGCAGUACCGCCCUCCUGUUGGAGCUUAUGUCAAUUACCUGCUGGGUUGAUAAGCUCUGGGGAAUCUGUGGAGGAAACUGCAAUCAGGGAGCUUGAAGAAGAAACAGGGUACAAGGCGUCGGGUGUUGCAGAAGUGUCGCCAUUGCUUGUGAGCGACCCGGGGAUGACUAGUGCAAACAUGAAGUUGAUCGCUUUAAACGUGGAUGUCAAAGAAGGCGAGGAACCAUCUCAGAAGUUGGAUGAAGGCGAACACAUUGUGAAAAGGAUUAUCGAACUCGACAACCUUAUGGAAGAACUUCAGGUCUUCCUUCUUCCCUCCACCAUGGCGUAUCCCCCCCAUGCCGAUCCGGACCACUCGCGCUGGCAGCGUGAGCUAGAGAAUCUGCAAUACAUCAACCACCAACUACGGGUUGACCUUGAAGAUGCCCAGGGAGCCCUUUCACAGGCCAAGCAAGAGGCCGCAGCAUACCGAGAUGAGAUUGUCGACCUGAAAAACAAAAUUGAAGUCUUUUGGGACAGUAUAGAGGGAGCACGUGCCAUGUUUGUGCGCUCAUUUCCAAACUAUAACUACCGAGACUCGCACAAGCGCAGUCGAGAGGCAGAUGAACGAGAAAGAAUGAGCAGGAAAGCACAGAGACUUGAGCCCCCACCUGUCGCUGGCUCGUCCGCCCCAGGGAGAGACAGAGACCGUGAAGGUUCAAGGCGCGGAUAUCCGCCUGAAGCAGGCGUGGCAGCUCCAUAUCCUCAAGAGCACGACUAUCGUGCACUCCCACGCGGUCAGCCUCACCUAACGGUACCAGUGACACAAUUUCCUUAUCUAGUUGCAGGCACAGACAAACAUGCAUAUCCAAAUGGCCGCAGUCCCUACGAUACACACCCACCAGGCCCGUACCCAGACCCAGCACACCCGCACGUGGACCCUACUCGUGGUCACAGUGCAUCGCCCCAUCUAGCAACACGCAUCCCUACACACCCAGGCCACCGCCAUGACCCAAGCGGAUAUCCUCCCGAUGGACAAGGCAUCCCAACUCACGCACGUCGUGAAUCGGGCGACCCAAUGAUGAUUCCCCCAUGUCCCGGGGCCCCAAUGGAUGCAAACCUCAACCGACCAGCGUUGCCGCCCGCGGGGGCAAUUAUCAUUCACCCUCCUGCCGCAUUCCAAGUCUCGUUUACCGAUUUGCAACCCGGAAUUUUCCUCGAUCGUAGUGACUUUGGUGCCGAGUAUCCUCCCAACUUGGACCCUCCGCAGGGACUUCAAGCAGUGCGCUGUCUAUUCUGCGAUAAACACUACAGUGGCGCCAACGCUAGGAGUCUAUGGAGGCGACAUGUUAUGGGUAAACAUGACUUUACGAUGAAGGGUCAACGGGCUUCGACAGUGCGCAAUCGCCACAUGGGCAAGUAUUCAUUUGUUUUCUUGGCGCACGCUCAAGCAAGCAUAACUUCCAUCCCCGGCGAUUUACAUGAGUCCGCACCACCGAGCGCAGCCCCUGCGGCGUCCCCCGUGCAACCCCCACCUGCGGCUCCGUCGCGACCAACAGAUGCGCGCGCCCCCGCCCAGCCAGGCCAGAGCAAAUCAAAGCGUGCAGAUGGUGAAGGAGAACACCCUGAGAGUGAAGAUGAACAUGAACCGUUUGAUUACCAACGUCAUCGCGGUACCAAUGGGCGCAAAGGUCCGGAAGGCCCCCCUCCCGCGACAUCCAAUGGCAACGGCACGGCUAACCCACUGACUCACGCCGCCCUAGAGAAUUGGAACAAGGGUUCUGGGGCGGGCUCUGGGGGUGAUGUCGCUCGGGCACCCUGGGGCUCCAAGCCAGAGGACGAAGAACAAACAGUUGCGAGUCACGAGGCAGAUAGACAGCGCGAAUGGUGUUUGUGUCGCCGUCCAGACUCGUGGGGUGAGAUGAUUCGUUGUGAUAUGCCUACCUGUGCCAUACAAUGGUAUCAUUUACGGUGUGUUGGCCUAGAUGCGGCGGCAAAAGCUAGAGAUGAAUGGAUCUGCGAAGACUGCAAUCGUAAGAACGCUCAGAGGCGCCAAGAAGCCCAUCGCGAUGGCCCGCUCUCAGCCGUCCAAGAUAAAGACCGUGCACCCGCAUUGAGGACUCCCGAGCCUGGUACGUCUACCCACCAGGCACAAAACAAGACAAGCACACGACCAGAGGGUCGCGAUCCGAGUCGUCGCGAACAAGACGAGGAUGUAGUUAUGCGCACGACCGACUCGAAUACUCGGGAACAACGUGGAAACGAUUCGAAUGUAUCCGACGAUGAACCUUCACGCGGUGGCGCUCGCAAAACUCAAGCACGCCGAGUACUAUCGGAACCUCAAUCUUCAGCAGUUGCCCAACAGGGCGACCAGCGAGACGCCCCUACAGCCGCCACCGAUGCUCGAUCGGAAACCACUCCAGGCCCAACCACGGAUGAUAACACCCGCCAAUCCGAGUCUCCUGACCAGGCCAAGGCUGGGGGUACUCCGAAAAAGAAGGGAUGGAAAGGUUAUGCGUUGGUCCCUGUGCCCGAUGGGGCUGAACCAGCUCCUCAAAGGGAGUAUACGCCCCAAACGGUAACCACACCUGGUGGGUCAAGGCGCACUCGUAGCGGCAAGUCGUUCUUCCCUGAGGAUGGUGUUUCGGCAAGCGAUGGAGAGCGCCAGCAAAGCAUGGAGACCAACUAG